GAAGGUUGAAGAAAAACAGUAUGCCCAUUCUCCUGAUUUCUUGAUCAUUCUCGGAAUCUUGCAGAGACACCCAGUCCGCGGAAACAGGACAUAUAAUUUCCCUUUCGCUUUCAUUUUGGCAUUACUUUUCUCAUGUUUUUGGAGCUUUUCCACCUCGGGGACAAAACCCAUAAAAAAGAAAGACUCGUCUCUUAGCCCAGCAAUUGAUAGCUUGUGACCCACCAUCAAAAUUAUGUUCAAAUUGAUCGAAGAGGUUUCUGCCGCUGAGUAAUCUAGAAAUUGGUAACAAUUGGAAUUUGUUUGAACAAUGUCUGCUUAUGGGAAUGAAAUGGAGCACCAGUUCUCUACUCCGAGUCAUUCUACUGGAGGAAGUUCAGACAAUUCAGAUAUGGGAAGCAACUAUAUCAUAGAUUCGGGAUUCUACAUGACACCUUUGACAGCAGCAAUUUUCAUUGGUGCUCUAGUUACUGUCGGAGUGUUACUUAUCACUUUACUGGUCUCAUUGACUGUAAUGUUGCAAUAUUGUCAAAACAGAAGUGGAGGAGUUGUUGAGAUUCAGAAACUAAGUUUUGAUUAUGACUAUUGCAAAGCUCUAUCUAUGCAUUUGGAGCUAAACAGCUUGGAAACAGAUGGGAUACCUUCAUUUUGCAAGGACUUUGCCAUUCAAUACAUUAGACAUGGUCAAUAUGAAAGAGAUUUGGAUUCUACACUGCAGCUGGUCAACAAUUAUUUCUGUAGUGCUGCCAAAGUAGACAACCGUCGAGAAAUCGUGCUGAUGGACUCAGACGACCUUCUUUUCGCUAACCAUGAUUACGACGAUCUGUUAAUAUCCAGUAGUUGUGUGGAUGAGGCGAAGAGAUUGAAGCAAAACUUUCUUCUAAAACUGUACAAGAAACUCAGAUCUUGCAGAUGGCCUGUAACCUUAAUAUCAAGAAAGUCAGAAGUUCAUAGGAAUGCCACUAUUCAACAUCUUACUUCUGCCGGCUAUAAUGGUUGGCUCCACUUGAUUAUGAGAAUGGAUGACAAAAUGCAGAUCAGUCAUGGGGAAUAUUUCAGUCAGCAACAAGCAGCACUGCGGAACGAGGGAUUCCACAUUGUAGGGGUGAUGAGCAGCUACAUGGAUGCCUUGUCAGUGCCAUCCGUAGGAACUCGUAUUUAUAAGCUUCCAAACCCCAUAUGUUUCAACAUCAACCAUCAAAAUUUGAGUAAACACAAAUUUAGAUAGUGAUCUCUACAGCUGGUUGAGGUUCUCACAAGUUAUCUUGUGUAAAAUAGUUGAAGAGAAAGCUGAUAGAGUGGGAGAAGUUGCUAUGGAUUAUAUCAUGUUCAUGCCAUUCAAUCACAAUGAUGGGAGAGACAUUGCAAGUAACACAUUUCUCAGCAUUGACACCGAUGUCCAGGCGCCAGCAGCGAACAGAAUCUUCAUCUGAGCUCAACAUCCAGCAGCAGCAGCAGCAGCAACUGUACAACAUUAUUUGCUACAAUUUUUCCUCUUCUUCUCCAUGUUCAUACCAUUUCAACAAUUUCUUUGAUUGACCUUUUCUGUUAUUCAAAUUGAAGGCCUUUGUUUGACACCUUUUGUUUUUUUCC